CCUUAAAAAACAAACAAACAAAAAAGUGUUUUGUCCGUACAGCAGCAAAGAGCGCUCAAACAGAUAGCUGCUACACAAACAGGACACCAACCCAAUCGACAACACACAUUUGAGAAGAUGUUGAGAGUUCUGGGACAUCUGUUGUGUCUCUUUAUAUGCUGUUGGGGAGCUGGUGGCUUGACAGAGACACUGGUGGAACUUGGACAGAAUGCAACCAUAAACUGUUCUCUUAACAUAGAAAGUGCAUACUGGUACAUACAGCACCAACCACAGCCUCCACUGGCCAUACUCCGCUCUUUCAUUAGUAGUAGUCCUGCUGCUUUUUAUUACAAUCAUCAUUUUAAACAGAAAUAUUCAUUAGAAACAGGAAAUAGAUUGUUAAUACAGAAUGUAACAGUAGAUGAGAAUGGAGUGUACUACUGUGCAAAGAAAGAAGAGGGCAGAUUGAUAUUCAGCAACGGCACCAGACUCAUGAUCACUGAGGUUUAUGCUGACUAUCCCAAUCAGACAAACCAGACAUCCAGUUAUCCAAACCAGACAUCCAGUUAUCCAAACCAGACAUCCAGUUAUCCAAACCAGACAUCCAGCUAUCCAAACCAGACAUCCAGCUAUCCAAACCAGGCAUCCAGCUAUCCAAACCAGACAUCCAACUGCAGGUCAUCAUGGGAGAACUGUCUUCUAUCCAUUUACAGUGUUCUGAAUGCUAUUCUGAUGGUUAUGAUCCUGGUACUAGUCUUGACCUUGCCAUGUCAGAACAAAAACUCUCCUUCAAAACUAACACCAAGACGCCGAGUAGACCAGAAGUGCUGGUUGCCAGUUUGUGUGAUCCUGUUGAUUGGUCCCCAAGUCUCUUCGCAGGUCAAAGUUGAAGGCUUCAAGGGAGAUAAUGUUAUCUUGCCUUGCACAUACAAGGCGCUUAAAAAUGUCGAAAUAUUUUGGCAAUACGCAGAUGACGUGAAUGUCUACUAUAUUAUCAAUGGAAAAGCAGAAUUGUCCAAGCAACACCGUCAGUUCAUAAACAGAACCAGUAUGUUCUCUGAUGAGUGGGCAAACGGCAACUUCUCUCUCUUACUGACUGAUCUCAAUGGCACAGAUAGUGGGAGUUAUUCAUGUUCCAUACCAUCACCGAACAUUUGUCGCCAAGUGGACCUUUCUGUCGAAGAGAAACCAACUCCAUGUAGCAGCAGCGUUAGCAUCAGAGUACAGAAACUCAUCCCCUUCCUGUUUCUCCUCCUCAGUCAAACGCUCCACCUUCUUUGACCCACAGCAUAGAAAUUGGUAAUUGUACCAUUUUAUGUGGCUGUGUUUUGCAACUUCUGUGUGUUCAAACGGCUGAAAGACUUCUCUCUAUACAGUAUGCAUGAAAUAUGAAACUGCAAAUAUAGGCUACCGCUUGCUAGAACUCUUUGUAGAGGUGGUGAGUAAAUGCAUAAUGUUUUUUAAAACCUGGGUCAUCUGUUAAAUCAAAAUAGGAAAUAGGAUUGAAAUACAAUUGUGUAGUGUGCCGCUCCUGUCAAUACAUUUUCAAUUACAAGGCUAUUAAAAUAUUUCAAUAUCA